UCUAGGAUGAAUAAAAAACAAAUAGAGAAUUUAGUUUAUGUUUCAAGAAGUGACUCUAGUGCUUUUCAGACAUCAACAGACUAAAUAAAUACACAAACACCAGAGACCAGUAUUGGGGUACACGCAUUCAAGCACUUCAUAUACGCAAUGCCCUUUGUCGAAUAGUUCACUCAAGGUCAUGGGAGGAGAGCGCGGUCAGGCUUAAAGAUUCAGGUGUCGAAAUUAUCUUUUCUGUAGAAAAUGGCAACAAGUAAAGUCUAUUUCCGACGAAACAGACCUGGUACUAAGGCCGAGGAGUGGUGUAAUUGGCCCGAUGAACCGUUCGAAGAUAUGGAAAGUACAUUAGCUGUUCAGCAGUACAUACAGCAAACAAUAAGACGUGAUUUUAACAAUGUGGAUGAGAUUUUAACUGCUCCAGAGGGUCAAGAUGAAGUAGUCUGGAAGUACGAACAUUUGAGACAAUUCUGUAUGGAACUAAAUGGAUUAGCCGUUUGUUUGCAAGAGCAAUGUACCCCAAAAACAUGUCCUCAGAUGACUGCUACUGAACAAUGGAUAUUUUUGUGUGCAGCACAUAAGACUCCUAAAGAGUGUCCAGCUGUUGAUUAUACACGACAUACGCUUGAUGGAGCUGCUUGCCUGUUGAAUAGCAGUAAAUACUUCCCUAGUCGAGUAAGCAUCAAAGUUACGUCAGUCAAUCGUCUUGAUUCUGUUUGCCGUCGUGUUUAUAGAAUAUUCUCUCAUGCUUAUUAUCAUCAUCGAGAGAUAUUUGAUUCUUUUGAAGAAUCAACUGCAUUAUGUCGAAGGUUUACAACAUUUGUGUUAAAAUACAAUCUUAUGAGUAAAGAUAACCUGAUUGUACCUAUUGCCGGUGCUGUAGAUGGGGCUGUAAUCGAGGCUCAAAUAUAAGUUCAUAAUGUUUAUGUUUAAUAUACAUUAUUAUUAUUAUUAUCUUUUACAAUUUAGGCCUAACUUUUCUUUAAUCAUAUGAAAAAACCUAUGUCUAACUUCAUUCAUAAAUAACAAGUAUUUUUUUGUUUCCUACCUGUAUUAUUGUACAAAUAUGGUAACAUUCUAUUCUAUCAUAAUAAAAAAAUUAUUUCAGAAAA